AUGACAAUAACUGGUUAUAAAAAUCAGCGAAUAAAAGUUGCUAAUGGCGAUUCAUCAGCUAGUGAUGCUGCAAAUCAAACUUUUGACAGUUCACCGGCGGGCCUAUUUGAACAACGGACUAAUUGUGAAAACAUUGGCUCUUUUGUUACCACCAUAAGUGAAUAUCUUUCUAUCUUACACAACAUUUUAAUAUUUCUUGAAUUCAAAAGAACAUUUUCCUAA